CUCCGGUACCAAAUACUAGAACUAGAGUGUUACCCAUUUUCUCUUUUGAGACGCAUUCACACUCGCUUGUGUCCCGCGUGCCUCGUGCUCCGGAAGAAGUUUGAAGAAGAAGCGUUGAAGACAACGAGAACCCCUACCGUCGUCGCCGGUUGCGUGUGUCGAAGAAAGGAUAUCGUUUUCGCUUUUAAUCCGGUAAAAUGACUCUUCGACGAUGCAUCAUGCUCCUGAGUUUGUUAGCCUGGUUCACACAAGCUCGCGCAUACGUUGUAAAUUGCGAAAUUCACCCUUACCACAGUCAAUGCAGAGGAGUACAGACAAAAAGAUUUGCAGUUGAGCCUGGACAAAAUCUUCAUGACACCGGAUUCAAGGACUUGAAAUCUUCGAAUGACGAAUUCAAUGGUAGUCCAUAUUCCAGACUUUGGACGACUCUUUUAGAAAACGGCCUCAGCACUGAUGAUAUAUAUGACGUUUAUGCCUCGUCCAGCGCUUCCGCGAGAGGUAAUAAACAGAACAGCAGGAAGAACAGCAUCAAAGACAGGUUGAGGCUCAGAAGAAUACCAAUACGAGAUUUUUUGUCCGACCUUGAACUUGUCGACAGCGAAUAUUAACCUAAUUCACUACUUCACAUAUAAUAUAUCCAGACUUUCCACCCAGCUGCUCGUUAAAUGAACUCGCGAUCAGGGACGAUUUUCAUUUUACCAAAAAUAGCGGGAAACAUAGAUCUUUUUAUCAAGAAAAAUACUCCUUUUAUAAAGAAAAAUAUUUUUCUUGAUAUACAGAUUUCAGUUUCCAUUAAAAACCAUUCUACAGAAUUUCUACGGAAUAUCCACUGAACUUGGCUAAAAAUUCUUUAGAAUUUUAAAACAAAAUUUUAAAUUAUUAAAAAAAUGAUUAUAAACUAUCUUCAUUUGUCUUCCACUGAUAAACAAAACACGAAACGCUUUUGGAGAAAGUAUUAAGGAAUGUUAAUUCACUACUGAAUGUGGUCAUUGAUGAAAGUCCUAAAACACAUGUACUGAAUUUUAAAAUAUUUUAAUCCCACGAAAACAGAUUUUAAAUAGAUUCUUAUAAUAUUAUUUCUGCCUUAUUAGUAUGUAGUAUAAGAGAAUUGAAUUCGAUUUUGUUUGAUUUGAAUAAUCUCCUUAAUUGUAUCAAUUUCUUUAUUA